AUGACCGCUACAGUGGAAGGAGCAACCGUCGUGGAUGCUUCGGCCACCCUGGGGAAAUUUGUCAACGACGAGUUGCUGCAUAUCCAGGAGAGCUAUGCCAGGUUGUUCUUCACCACCAUCCAGCACUUCACAGAGCAGUUGGUGCAGGAGGCCCUGAAGCAUCAGCCAGAGGAGCGACAAGAGGAGCUGGCUGCCACCCCCCCAGUGACACCGCGCCGCAGCGAUGGGCCGCGGCCCGAUGCGCGGGAGACGAUGGGGGUCAAGGAUGCCAUUUUUCGCUUCCACAUCCCCAGGAACUGUUCCCGCGGCCCUGGGCCAUCCUUCGACCUGCCGGCGGAGCAAACGCCUCCGCGGCUGCCGCGGAAGCUGCUGCGCAUCAUGACCAGAAGCAUCGGUCUGGUACUGGAUGCGAUGCCCAGCUCGUCUUCUUGGACCAAGAUCUUCAUCGCGGAGCGUCUGAGCCUCUUCGUGCGCGUCUUGGCGCUGCCGCAGCGGGUGGUCUUCCACCACUUCUCGCCGCUGCUGCAUGCGUCGCGGCCGUCGCUGCUCCAUGCCUUCAUGGUGGUGAACGCCUUGUUUGCCAAGGAGGUGGACAAGUCCGUGGCUGAAGCGGUGCUGCAUCGGCUCUUUGCCUUGCUGCAGGAUGGCGCCAUGGAGCCUUGCUUCCGAAUGCUUUCUGUAAGUUGGCUAAUCGCCCUCACCACAAAGGUCUCAUUCGAAAUGCUUUGGGCUCGGAUUCAAGAACUUUGUCCCCGAUGGCAUGAUCCAUUGGAAUUGAAUGAGAUGAAGCUUCAAGCAUUGCUGUACUGCUUCAAGCUCUCCCAGAUCUUGCCUAGCAACCUUCUUAUUGUGCUGGAGUCCUUGUCGGAGUUCAAGUACUGCCAACGCCCCGUUGGAGCACAUGCCGUGGUUUUCCGUUUCCUUUUGCGGGUGUUGAUUGAUUUCCCAUCUGAGAUGGAUCGUCUUGAGGUGCCGCAAGAGCUGUGUGACAUGCUGCGCUCGCGACUUUGCCUGUUGCCCUCAGUCUUGGCGCUGAAUCAACGAGUGAACUCCCAGGCGGUGCAGUACAAACUGCUACAUUCCCUUGGGCAUUUCGUAUCUCACCUGGAACCGCCUUCAAGGAUACAGCGCUACUUUGGGCUGUUGGUGAUUCUCUCGGAAAUGCCUUGGCUGGAUCCAAGUUAUGUCCUCACGGCGCUGCGACGCCUGGUCUUUUGCCCUUCGUGUUUGACCUGGGAAGCUGGCAUGCGUGUGCUGAUCACGUGCCGGCGAAUGAUUCUCUCACAUCCACAGGCGGUGAUCUACCAACCGAUGUUGCGACUCCUCCAGCACCUGGCAACUUAUCAGUCCGACGUAGACCUGCGGGACAGGGCGCUCUUGUAUCUUAGGUUGUUGUCUCACUCCGGGCCGGCGGCUUUGGGUUCGCUAUUCAAUCCUCACCCUGGCAACAUGCAGCGGAUGACUCAAAUGUUGUCUCCCGUGCUGCCUCUGACCGUGCGGUUGAAGAACGGCCCUGUGCCCUUCUUGCGACUGAUGAAGGCACCCCAGGAACGGAAGAGGCUCGGCCUUCAAGACCGUCAGACUGCUGUCUUCGUGCUGCCGGGUGGAGGCGCAGAUCUGAGCGACUGGCAAGAAAGGUGGGGAGAUCCUGGCAUUGACCACCAGUUUCCCAAGCAGUGGCUGGAUGAGAUUGGAGAUCCUGUGAAGACGGAGACCGGUCUCAGCGCACUCUUGGAGGACUACAAGAAAUUGCUCGAGGAGUCUCCCAGCAGCAUUCGGCUGCCCUUCAUCUUGCAUUACGAACCAGCUGCAGACAUGUCUUCAGAGGAGAAUGGUUUGCUGGAAUGUCCUCGGCAACUCUUUUCCUUGGAAUUGACGUUCUCGUCCAGCGAGCACUACUUAGCCAUCGAGCCCAUUCGCAUCCCGUUCAUUGCAGCUGGGCAGAUUGACCGACCUGACCAGGACGAGGAUGAAGGCACUGGCCACGGUUUUCCAUGUCUGAACAAGCUGCUCCUAAGACUACGACCUCGGAGUCCCGUGCCCACGUCCUUUGGUGUCAACAUUGCCUUCAACGACAGCUUGAGUCAGAUGUACUUAGGACAUCUUGAAGCCUUUGAUGUGGCCUUUCAGGACCUCUUCUUGCCUGUGCGGCUGCCCCUGGUCCUGUGGGCUCCCAUUUUCGAAAGCCUUUGGCAGAGCUUGGCGGAUCCUUGCUGGUCAGUGAAGGUGCUUGACCUUGAAAGGAACAUUGUGAAGGAGCUAAUCCAGACCCAGCUGGGGCCCUUUGUGGUGCCCUCAAAGGUACAGGUGGAAGAGGAGGAUUUUGAUUUUGAGCAAGAAGAGUAUUUUGAUCGAUGGAAUGCUGCAGAUGGGGACCUUCACCUGGAGGAUGAAGAUGUGGUGGUGAAUGUGGACAUGAUCUUCGCGAUUCUGUUUGUACCACCAAGUUACCACCUUCUGAUGAGGUUUGCCAUCUCUUCACGCUCUACAAUCGUGCGGAUACUCACUGAUCGCUUCCAGCUGCUGAGUUAUCUGGCAAGCCUGGCUCGCUUGUGGCGGGGUUUAAGAGGUGAUCUCCUCAAAGUGGUGCAAGGACUCCUUCUUCCAGUCCUGGAGUUGGGAGCCCAGACAUCAGAGACUGACGCAGCCACGGAGUGCGGCUUCAUUGAGACCUUGACAGUUGACAAUGAGCAAUGCUUCUCUCCCGCCAUUUUCUAUAGCAUCGUGACACUCGGCCGAGUAGCUUCCACGCCUUAG